CCUCUCUCGAGCAUUCGGAUUGUACUGUACGGUGCAUGCAGAGGGAAGUUUCUAAUGUGUCUACCUGCAUAUCGCAGCUGAAAAUUUUUGACACACGCUUCCUGCAAACAGUGAUUCUUACAACUAUGGCCCGUAGCGGCACUUUGGAUAAUAUUGCUCCGUCAACCUACGAAAAGGCAAAGGAUAGAGUGACAACAGCUGAAGAACUCGACGACGACAUUGAAGAUGCAAUUGAUUCGCGAGAGAUUUUUGAUAUCAUACGGUCGAUCAACGAUCCUGAGCAUCCUCUCACUUUGGAAGAACUGAAUGUUGUUGAUGAAAAGAAUAUAACGGUGGAUCUGGACAAGUCUGCUAUUGAUGUGGCUUUUCGGCCAACAAUACCGCACUGCAGCAUGGCAACACUCAUCGGGCUUGCCAUCAGAGUAAAGCUGCUACGUAGCUUGCCACCUGUAUUCAAGUUGGAUGUUCGGAUUCUUCCUGGUACUCAUGUGUCGGAAUCAGCAAUCAACAAGCAGUUGGAUGACAAAGAGCGAGUCGCUGCUGCUCUAGAGAAUUCGCACCUGCUCCAAGUUGUCAACGGGUGCCUUCUGACACGUUAAGAACACUGAUCAUGAAAAGUAUUUUAAUUAUAUAUGUGUGAGCAAGUAAUGAAUUGUAAAUAUAUGCAGUGUCAAUGCAUUAUUGCUCCAGACUUCUUACUAGUUUGAAGCAGCUAAUAUUCUACCCCAAUGCAGAUCGGCUAGAGCACAUGUGGCAGGCAUUCCCAAAUCAUGACAGGCAAUUUACCUCUGUCCAUGACGCAAAAACUGUAUAAGCAUUGCAUUCUAUCAGUUCUAACGUACAGGGCAGAGACUUGGACUAGGGUGAGCCUAAGUUUCACACUGGAAAGCUGAAUGCUGGAGAGCUGGAUGUACAGUAGCAGGACACUAAAGGGCGCAUGUUUCACAUUAAAAUAAUGCAGAGACCAAA